AUGAAGCAAAUCCUUGUCGUCCUCCAAGUGCGGAGCCCUGCUGACGGUGUGCAUGUGCGUGAGAGUGUGCAUAGAAACGGCGCCAUUGAUUUGAAUGAAUGUCCGCUCUCUUUCUGUGUCUACUUUCUUCGUCUUCCGUCUUCUUCGUUUUGUCGAGACUUAUGUGCUAUAUGCGGAGGAGCCAAGCCAACGUCUCUCUCAAUUGAGGAGUGCAUGUGUGCUCCACAUUCAUUUUUUUUGGUUUCAGUGGUUCUGUUGAAGAGAAGAACAAGAAGAAGAAGAACGGAGAAGAGUACAAUUACGGAAAUGCAGCCCGGCGAGGAUUGCCAAAAAGGAGGAAAUCGGAAAUUGAACAGAUAA